GCGUAGAUGAACGGCUGGUUUGUUUACGGCGGAUCUUCCAGCCGAACUGCGUGAUUUUCACGGUGCUGAACCGUAUUUCCUAAGCCCUAUUUCACGGAACAGGAAUAAGUCGAAGAAAUCGUUUUAUUGCUUUUUUUCGACGAAGGAUUAUGCAAAUUUUGCAUUUGUUUCGGCAUUUAAAUCAGUCUAUCAUACAGCCUCCACGAUCGAAUUACCUUUUUUUCUGUGUUGAUACAACCAAAGAGCCAGUUGUGCCAAUUUUCAGUAGGGUAACUGCGAUGAAAAUAAAUAAAAAAAAUACAAAUAAAAUGUUAAAUAACGAUAGACUUUAAAUGCAAAACACACAGGCUUUAUUGUUUAAAUUAUAAGAUGUAGAAUCCAUGGUCUCUGGAGCUGCCGUAAGGGUGCACUGCAACUGAUGAACACCGUGAUGAGCGACUGAGGAAGAGUUGCAAAGCAAUGAUGUCAUAGUUUUAAGUAAGAGCCACGAGAGAGCAUAUGGUUCAUACCCGCCACCAAAAGGAAGUGUUGCUUUGUAAUGUGCAGGCGGCGCUGUAGCUGGCGGAAGAGGAGGUCGCCCAGCCCACUGUCUAUUCGCCUGGAAGAGAGGAGCCGAAGGGAGGACGAGAACGGAGACGAAAAAGACGGCGCAGGCGACGGGAAGACGAAGCUGCUAUAAUGGCCGCUAAAUCAGACGGGGUGCUGAAAAUGAAAAAGAGCGAUGUAGCAUUUACGCCUUUGCAGAAUUCGGAUCACUCGGGAUCUGUACAAGGGCUAGCUCCAGGAUCGCAGCCGGAUUCUGGAACCGGAGAGGCGGACUUCGCCAAUGGGGAGUCGCGGUGCUGUGGUUCUAAUUCGACAUGCCUUCGCCUCGGUAGGGAACAGCAAAAAUACACAGUUUGGGACUGUCUAUGGAUCCUCGCCGCAGUGGCGGUGUAUUUCGCCGACGUGGGCACCGAUAUUUGGCUGUCUGUCGACUAUUGCCUCCGCGGCGAGUACUGGUGGUUCGGGCUGACGUUGUUUUUUGUGGUGCUUGGGUCAUUCUCUGUUCAGGUGUUCAGUUUUAGAUGGUUCGUUCACGAUUUCAGCACCGAGGACAGCUCCGCCGGCGAUGCGGCGGGCUGCUCCCACAUGGACGGGAAGCUGCUAAGCUGUUCCGCUUCGCAUGGGGACGUCGGAGCCCACCCGUCCACGCCUCAAAGGCAGGCUUCUACGGCAAGCAAGAGCAACACCACAACGAACAGCAGCAACAGCAGUACCGCAGCCCGGACUAACAAGAAACCCUCGGCUUCAUGUUCCUUCUGUAUUUGGCUGUUGCAGUCCAUCAUUCACAUUCUGCAGCUCGGGCAAAUCUGGAGGUACUUCCACACGAUCUACCUGGGCAUCCGGAGCCGGCAGAGUGGGGAGAACGACCGCUGGAGGUUCUACUGGAGGAUGGUGUAUGAGUACGCCGAUGUGAGCAUGCUCCACCUGCUUGCCACGUUUCUGGAGAGCGCCCCGCAGCUGGUCCUCCAGCUUUGCAUCAUCAUCCAGACACUGAAGCUCCAGGCCGUGCAAGGCAUGACGGCGGCCGCAUCGCUGGUGUCGCUGGCCUGGGCGCUGGCCUCCUACCAGAAGGCCCUGCGCGACUCGCGUGAUGACAAGAAGCCCGUCAGCUACCUGGCCAUCAUCAUCCAGUUCUGCUGGCAUUUCUUCACCAUCGCGGCACGAGUCGUGACCUUCGCCCUUUUCGCCUCCGUGUUCGAGCUGUACUUCGGCAUCUUCAUCGUGCUGCACUGGUGCAUCAUGACCUUCUGGAUUGUGCACUGCGAGACCGAGUUCUGCGUCACCAAGUGGGAGGAGAUCGUCUUUGACAUGGUGGUGGGCGUCAUCUACAUCUUCAGCUGGUUCAACGUGAAGGAGGGGCGUACACGCUGCCGUCUGCUGGUCUACUACGCCGUCAUCCUGCUGGAGAACACGACGCUGAGCGCGCUCUGGUACUUGUACCGCGUGCCCGCCGCCACCGACGCCUUCGCCGUGCCCGCCCUCGGCGUCAUCUUCUCCAGCUUCCUGACGGGUGUGGUCUUCAUGCUCAUGUACUACACCUUCUUCCACCCCAACGGGACGCGCUUCGGCCGCUCGGCCAGCCUGGCGCGGCUGGACGAGGGCGUCGGGGGUGGGGCAGGGGGCUUUGGGUCCCCGCCGCCCGGCGAGGGCGCCACCAACUCACUGCGCUCCAACCGGGGAGGCGGUGGGACGCUGGCGCGGGACGCUGAGCGGGACGGCAAAUGCACGGAGCGCGACGGCUGCGCCCCGCCCGUCUUUCAGGUCCGCCCCACGGCGCCGUCCACACCCUCGUCGCGUGUGCCGCGCCUCGAGGAGACUGUCAUCAAGAUAGACGUGUGCCGCAACCGCUACCCGGCCUGGGAGAGACACGUGCUGGACCGCAGCAUACGCAGGGCCAUCCUGGCCAUCGACACCUCACCCAUGCCCCCCCGGCUGCAGUACAAGGACGACGCGC